AUGCAAUCCGCGGCUUCCGGACUCAAAGCACUCAACACACGGCUCGAUGUCACGGCGAACAACCUCGCGAAUGUGAACACUGAAGGAUUCAAAGCGUCACGCGUGAACUUCGAGGACCUGCUCUAUAUCGAGAAGGCACAGCCUGGCACAGAGAACGCGAACGGCGAUCAGCGUCCGACUGGUCUCUAUGUCGGACUGGGUGUUCGCGAAUCGGGCACGCAACAAGACUUCUCGCAGGGACCACCGAUCCCUGGGAACAGCCCGCUCGAUAUGUACAUCGAGGGCAAGGGGUUCUUCCAGGUGCAGGUGGAGAGCGAUACAGGGCAAGGCGGCAUCGCAUAUACACGAGCAGGGAACUUUGUCCUCAACGCGGACAAUGAAGUGGUGCUCGCAAACUCUGAUGGUCGUCGUUUGCAGCCAACUGUGACGAUCUCGGCAGAUGCUGAGUCGUUCUCGGUCAGUGCCAAUGGUGAGAUUCUGGAAGUGAUCCCUGGACAGGCGCAGCCGAGCGUAGCGGGACAGGUCGAGCUCGCGAUCUUUAUCAAUGAGACUGGAUUGACGCAGAUCGGUGGGAAUCUCUGGGUUGAGUCUGCGGCAUCCGGAACACCGAUUACUGGUGAACCUGGCUCAGAGAACUUUGGUUCGAUACUGGGUGGUUCGCUUGAGGGUUCAAAUGUAGAUCCGGCGGUUGAGUUGAUUGAACUGAUCAGAACACAGCGUGCGUUUGAGAUGAACUCGCAAUCGAUCCAGGCCGCGGACGAGACACUGCAGUCGAUCUCACAGCUCCGGCGGUAA